UUAAUCUGUGAGGGUUUCAGUAACGGCGGCCAACUGUUAAUUAUUCUGCGUACACUCUACCUACUCUGAAAAAACUUGCCGUUUGACUCCGGCGGUCCCUAAUCGUCAAAUUUUCAUCCAUUUCCUAUAAUCCGCCGUCGCCGAUGGCCGUUGCCGCCGAGAUUGCGCUCCUCCCCCAUGCAUCCGUCAACCGCCGCUCUCUUCCAUUCACCUCCUCAUCGUUUAUGUCCUCUUCUUCAUCCAUUCAGCAGCUGAGGAGUUUCAAGCCUAUCGCCAUUUGCGCUGGCCGGAAACCUAAUUUCCGCGUCUGCUCUUCUAUUAGCACUCAGGCUCCGGAGAAGAUCUCUGCGACGUCGUUUGGAGAUCGUACAGAGAGCGGAAUUCUUCAUUUCGUCAAGUAUCAUGGACUCGGCAAUGACUUCAUAUUAGUUGAUAAUCGAGAUUCGGAGGAGCCCAAAAUUACUCCAGAGCAAGCAGUGAAACUGUGUGAUAGAAACUUUGGCAUUGGAGCUGACGGAGUGAUAUUUGCAUUGCCGGGCAUCAAUGGCACGGACUUCACCAUGAGGAUCUUUAAUUCUGAUGGUAGUGAGCCAGAGAUGUGUGGUAACGGAGUCCGAUGCUUUGCCAGAUAUAUAGCUGAGCUGGAAAAUCUUCACGGGAAAAAAAGCUUUACUGUGCACACUGGCGCUGGUUUAAUUGUUCCUGAACUACAAGACAAUGGGAAGGUCAGAGUUGAUAUGGGCGAGCCAAUUCUGAAGGCAUCCGACGUACCUACAAAGUUAGCUCCGAAUAAAGAUCAAUCUGCUGUUAAGGCGAAAUUGGAUGUAGAUGGCUCAAUCUGGAAUGCUACUUGUGUUAGCAUGGGAAAUCCACACUGUGUGAUUUUCAGUUCAGAAUCAUGCGAAGAUUUGCAGGUAGAUGAACUGAAUUUAUCCGAAAUUGGCCCAAAAUUUGAACAUCAUCUGAUGUUUCCUGCCCGAACAAAUACAGAAUUUGUUCAAGUCUUCUCUCCAAGCCACCUUAAAAUGCGUGUGUGGGAGCGUGGUGCAGGUGCAACACUAGCCUGUGGAACAGGAGCUUGUGCAGUAGUCGUUGCUGCAGUUCUGGAAGGUCGUGCUGAAAGGAUCUGUACCGUUGAUUUGCCUGGAGGGCCAUUGGAUAUCGAGUGGAGAGAAGCAGACAAUCAUGUCUACAUGACAGGUCCAGCGGAACUAGUGUUUCAUGGAUCCGUUUUCCUCUGAUCGCUUGAUUUUGGCCCUGAGGUGAGUUUUCAUGUUGCUCGGCUGAUUCUUGUGUAAUUCAAGGAAUAUGGUAAGCCGUAAGAGUGUUUCCCUAGGAGUUUGAAGACUCUUACUUAAUUACUGCCUGUAAUUUGAUUUGAAAUAGAGAAUUUGGUUGUGAUAAGAACUUCCAACGUUUUCUUGAUUAAAAAAUAAAGAAAACAUUGUUUUUUU